AUGAAGGAAAAGAAAAUCAAAACUAAAUUAAUAUUUAAGGAUGAUGAAAGGUUUAAUUCUCAAAUGGACCCUAGGUUUAAACCUUUAAUUCGAAAGGAACAUAAAGUAAAGAUAGACAAACGUUUCAGCCGUAUUUUUAGUGAUGACGACUUUUCUGUAAUCUCAGUAAAAGACCCAUUUGGAAAAAAAUCAAUCAAGAAGGAUGAAUAUCUCAAUUCAAUAUAUGAGGGUGAGGAAAAAAGCGAUGCUAUUCACGAUGAAUCAUUUAAACAAGUAACUGAAAUAUCGCAGGGUUCUUCUGACUCUGAAGGGUCAUUCCAAUGGGAAGGAGAGAGCGAUGACUUGGAUUCAGACGAAAAAACAUUGGAUACCAGUAAUAAUCUGAGAAAUACUUCGGAUUCAAUUUGGGAAAAUAAUCCACUAAAUAAUAUGGGCUUAGCUGAAGGAAGUGAAACAAAUAGGCUCGCAUUAAUGGGACUUGACUGGGAUAAUAUUAAUGCAGACGAUAUAUACGUGGUUCUUUCUAGCUUCUUAUCUCCUUCUGCAACAAUUAAAACUGGCCAAUCAAAUUCAAAGCUUAAAAAAAUUUCUAUUUAUCCUUCAAAAUACGGUAAGGAACGUAUGGAUUACGAAUCUGUUAAUGGCCCGUUGAUUGGAAAUGGAGAAAAUGUAUGCGAUGAAAAAAUUAAAGGUCUAGAAUUUAGUAAUGAAAUGAGUGAGGAAGAUUACGAAGCAAUACGAAAGUACCAAGUUGAAAAAUCACUAUAUUAUUAUGCUGUUGUAGAAUGUGAUUGUACUGAUACAGCAGUUAAACUAUAUGACGAGUUGGAUGGAAUGGAAGCUGAAUUUUGCAUUGAUGGCCUUGAACUUAGGUUUAUUCCUGAUGAUAUUGUUGAUUUUCAAUUCGAACCAAUUAGUGUUUCUACUUCGAUUCCAAUUAAGUAUAAACAACCAGAAUGCUUUACAUCUGCUUUAAGACAUUCAAAACCUACAUUAAAUUGGGACGAUACUCCAAUUGAAAGAGUUAAAUUUUUAAGAAAAAUAUUUACACCUGAGGAAUUACUAAAAAAUGAUUUUGAUGCUUACUUAGGUUCUAGUAGUGAAAAUGAAUUUUCUAAAGAGGGAACCGAUUCAUUUUUAAAUAAUAAUUUGACAGAUAAUUUUUCCUCAGGAAUGAGAGAAAUUCUAUUGGGCGAAGCGAAAGAAAUUUUCGAUGAGGAAAUAAACCAGAAUAUAUUGGAUUCUGAAAAUGGUAUGGGCUCUGUAACAAAUAACGAUAUAAAUGAACUAUUUAAUAGUAAAGGUAAGGAUUAUAAUCAAGUCGAAAUAGAGUUCAAUCCUGAUCUUGAAGAUUUAUCAAUGGAAUUGAUCGCAAAAGGAAAGCAAAAGUGGGAAGAGGCUUCAUCUAAUGAGAAAAACAUCAAGAAACAAGUUACACCGUGGCAAGCAUAUUUAGAAAAAAGAAAACAAAAAAAAAAGGAGAGAAAGAUACAAUUGAGGGAAAGGAUUAAGGAACAGAAACUUCAAAGAGAAAAAGGGGUAACUGCCAUCUCAGCAAAGAAUAAUUAUUUGGAUAACUCUCAAAUUAGUGACCAAAAUUCAGAAUCAAGUGAUGAAGACAGACAUUUUGAUAUGAAGAAAAUAGCAUUACUAGAAAGAUCUGGAGAAAAGAUCAAGUCUAAAAAAAGGAAAGAUCUAAUUAUUAGUGCAACUGCAGAAUCAACUCAAAACAAUUUCUUGGGUGCUAUUAAUGAUCCCAGAAUUUCAAAGAUAUUUACGGAUGUAGAUUUUGCAAUCGAUCCCACAAAUCCUAUUUAUAAACCCACAGAAUUCAAUAAGAAAUUACUGUUGGAAAAGAGAAAACAAAAAUUGAGGAGAAACUCAAUUAUAGUAAAUAAAUCAAAACAACAAAACAAAAAUAAUACCGUUUUUAGUGGGUUAGAAGACAACUCGUUUCAUCUAUUAGCUACAAAGAAGAUAAAAAAAUGCUAA